AUGGCAACACAAACACAAACCAAUCGCAGGAAUGGAUCCAUGAAAAUAAGACUCACCAUAUUGUGCGCUAAAAAUCUGGUCAAAAGAGACUUUUUCAGUCUUCCGGACCCCUUCUGCAAGAUCUGUGUGGACGGCUCGGGUCAGUGCCACUCAACCGAUGCCUCGAAGGACACACUGAGUCCAAAGUGGAACAAACACUACGAUCUAUAUGUUGGCAAAUCAGAUUCGGUGACGAUUAGCAUCUGGAACCAGAAGAAGGUCCAUAAGAAGGCCGGCGCCGGCUUCUUGGGCUGCGUUAAGAUUAUGCCAAACGCUAUACAAAGCCUUAAGGAUACCGGAUAUCAAAGACUAGAUUUACACAAAUUUCGCGAAGAAGACCCGGACAUAGUGAGGGGACAGUUGGUUAUCAGUCUGCUAUCGAGGGAUGGGAGCCGAUUACAGAACUGUAUCCUCAAUAACGAAGACCUGCCGGAGGGGUGGACUGAGUGUCGCACCUCUUCAGGCCGAGUGUAUUACGUGAACCACGAGGCCAGGGCUACGCAGUGGGAUAGACCCACGACCUCCACGUUAGUGAACUCUCGUCGCAAUAAUCAUAACAACACUGAACACAAUAACGGGAAUAACAGUUCAAACGGUGCUUCUGGCGCUCAGAGCACUAGUGAAACACCGGUUGUGAGACCAUAUCAGCGCCGAUCCACUCGACACCGAAAUUAUUUGGCGCGCAAUCACUUACACGAAGCCGUAUUGAGUGCCACAAACUCCACAAACUCUCAUCAAAACCGAUCACAAACUCAAAGCACAACUCAACCGGAAUUGCGUACAAAUAAUACUAACACUAACUCUAACUCUAAUGUCAAUGAUUUGCCCGAAGGAUACGAAAUGCGACAAACCUCUCAAGGACAGGUCUACUUCUAUCACGUGGAGACUGGAGUGUCCACUUGGCACGACCCUCGAGUGCCUCGAGAACUCAUACAACAGGGUAUCAAUUUAGAUGAACUCAUUGGGCCUCUGCUUAAUGGCUGGGAAGUGAGACAAACCCAGUCCGGCCGCCAAUAUUACGUCGACCACAACAAUAGGACGACUCAAUUCACUGAUCCCAGACUUGUGGCCAACUCUUUGAUGCUUCAGAACCUUCUUAAUAUUCGCUCGAAUCGUAAUAAUGGAGUAAACGAUGAGAACAAGAAAAUUAGUCAAAGUUUAAGCAAUAAUAAUAUCAACGAAUUCUUGAGUAGUUCUCAAAUACAACGACGAAAUCUUGUUCAGAAGAUGAGUGCCUUAAGACAGGAGUUGCAGACAUUUCAGCCCCAAUCGGGUCACUGCCGUCUGGAGGUCUCCCGACAAGACAUCUUCGAGGAGUCGUACAGAGCUAUACUCAAAAUGAGACCAAAAGAUCUGCGAAAACGACUGAUGAUUAAGUUUAGAGGAGAGGAAGGUCUUGACUACGGAGGCAUUGCUCGCGAAUGGCUUUACUUAUUGUCACACGAAAUGCUUAAUCCAUAUUACGGACUCUUUCAGUACACGAGAGAUGAUAUUUAUACGCUUCAGAUUAAUCCAGAUUCUGCCAUAAAUCCGGAACACUUGUCUUAUUUCCAUUUUGUCGGCCGAGUCAUCGGUUUAGCCGUAUUUCACGGCCAUUACAUUGACGGAGGUUUCACUCUUCCCUUCUAUAAAAUGCUUUUAAACAAAUCAAUUACUUUGGAUGACAUCGAAUCAGUUGAUCCGGAAUUGCAUAGAAGUCUGUGUUGGAUGUUAGAUAACGACAUAACGAAUGUGUUUGACAUGACAUUCGCCGUAAACCACGACUCCUUCGGUCAGCUUCAGGUCCACGAACUGAAGCCAAACGGAAGGGAUAUUAUGGUGACCGAAGAGAAUAAGAAAGAAUACGUUAGACUUUACGUUAACUUUAGGUUCACUAAUGGAAUUGAACAGCAGUUCCAAGCGUUGCAUAAAGGCUUCUGUGAACUCUGUCCCCAACACCUCCUCAACCAAUUCGAUGAGAAAGAACUCGAACUCGUUAUCGGAGGUUUAGGAAAGAUAGAUCUCGACGACUGGAAGGCCAACACUCGACUCAAACACUGCAACUUAGAGUCCAAUAUUGUUAAGUGGUUUUGGAGAGCAGUCGAGGAGUACAACGAAGAGCGAAGGGCACGACUCCUACAGUUCGUAACCGGCAGUUCUCGCGUCCCUCUCCAAGGGUUCAAAGCUCUUCAGGGGUCGACAGGGGCUGCGGGACCGCGACAUUUCACGAUACACUUGAUAGACACGGAUACUGUAAACCUACCGAAAGCUCACACGUGCUUCAACCGCAUUGAUAUGCCUCCGUACGAAUCGUAUGAGAAAUUAUACGAGAAGUUGACGCAAGCGAUUGAGGAGACGUGUGGUUUCGCUGUCGAAUGA